AUGAACCACCAAGCUCAGAGUGAGGUGCGACAUUUUGUCCUGCAGGAAGUCGGAAUACACUACCCACCAACCAACCUACCAGCCAUCUCUUCGCUCUUCCCUCAUCCCCAAUCCAGCACCUGCACACAAGCCGCCGCAUCCCUAUGCACGUCCCUGCACUCCCGCGACAUCCUUGCCCAAUCGGUCCCGCUCUGUUUAUGCCAAAUUAAAUUCCCUCAGCCUGCACUAGAGACCCAUGCCCUAUUGCCCGCCAGGGUAUUUUUCCCAUAUAAAUCCCACGCCUGCCCACUUUCUGCCCUUCUCUUUUUUUUUCCUCGCAUCUCUUUUGACUCCAGUUGUCUCUCGCCCGCAUUCACCAUGAGCGCAACUGAACCAACUGUAGAAAAGAUCGACAAGGCUGCCGCCGACGAGGAGGAUGACAUCGACAUCGACCAAUUGGUGCUCGACCUUCAAUCCAACCACGCCGUCGGCGCCGAGGAAGACGAAGAGGAGGAGGACGAAGGAGCUUCUUUCGUCCAAGUCCCUGAAGAACUCUUGCAAACUGACCCUGCCACCGGUUUAUCCGAGGACGAGGUUUUGAGAAGAAGAAAGAAGUACGGUCUCAACCAGAUGGCCGAGGAGCAGGAGAACUUGAUUGUCAAGUUCAUCAUGUUCUUUGUUGGUCCUAUCCAAUUCGUUAUGGAGGCCGCUGCUGUCUUGGCUGCUGGUUUGGAGGACUGGGUCGAUUUCGGUGUGAUCUGUGCUCUUUUGUUGUUGAACGCUUCGGUCGGUUUCAUCCAGGAAUACCAGGCCGGCUCCAUUGUUGAUGAGUUGAAGAAGACCUUGGCCAACACCGCCAACGUCAUCAGAAACGGUGCUCUUGUUGAGGUCGAGGCUAACCAGAUUGUCCCUGGUGACAUUUUGCAGUUGGAGGACGGUACCGUCAUCCCAGCCGAUGGUAGAAUCGUUACCGAGAACUGUUUGUUGCAAGUUGACCAGUCCGCCAUCACCGGUGAGUCCUUGGCUGUUGACAAGAGACACGGUGACUCCACCUACUCUUCCUCCACCGUCAAGACCGGUGAGGCUUUCAUGGUUGUUUGUGCUACCGGUGACAACACCUUCGUCGGCCGUGCUGCUGCUUUGGUCAACAAGGCUGCUCAAGGCCAAGGUCACUUCACCGAGGUCUUGAACGGUAUCGGUACGAUUUUGUUGGUUUUGGUCAUUGUCACUUUGCUCGUUGUCUGGGUCGCUUGUUUCUACAGAUCCGUUAAGAUUGUCCCUAUCUUGAGACACACUCUUGCUAUCACCAUCAUUGGUGUCCCUGUCGGUUUGCCAGCUGUCGUCACCACCACCAUGGCUGUCGGUGCUGCUUACUUGGCUAAGAAGCAAGCCAUUGUCCAAAAGUUGUCUGCUAUUGAGUCCCUUGCUGGUGUCGAGAUCUUGUGUUCCGACAAGACCGGUACCUUGACCAAGAACAAGUUGUCCUUGCACGAGCCAUACACCGUUGAGGGUGUUGAGGCCGACGACUUGAUGUUGACCGCCUGUCUCGCUGCUUCCAGAAAGAAGAAGGGUUUGGACGCUAUUGACAAGGCUUUCUUGAAGUCCUUGAUUAACUACCCAAGAGCCAAGGCUGCUUUGCCAAAGUACAAGGUCCUUGAGUUCCAGCCAUUCGACCCUGUUUCCAAGAAGGUUACCGCUAUUGUCGAGUCCCCAGAGGGCGAGAGAAUUAUCUGUGUUAAGGGUGCUCCUUUGUUCGUCUUGAAGACUGUUGAGGAUGACCACCCAAUCCCUGAGGACAUCCACGAGAACUACCAAAACACUGUUGCUGAGUUUGCUUCCAGAGGUUUCAGAUCUCUUGGUGUUGCCAGAAAGAGAGGUGAGGGCCACUGGGAAAUCUUGGGUAUUAUGCCAUGUAUGGACCCUCCAAGAGAUGACACUGCUGCUACUGUUAACGAGGCCAGAAGAUUGGGUCUUAGAGUUAAGAUGUUAACUGGUGAUGCCGUCGGUAUCGCUAAGGAGACCUGUAGACAAUUGGGACUUGGUACUAACAUUUACGACGCCGAGAAGUUGGGUCUUUCCGGUGGUGGUGACCUUGCUGGUUCCGAGAUUGCUGACUUUGUUGAGAACGCCGAUGGUUUCGCUGAGGUUUUCCCUCAACACAAGUACAACGCCGUUGAGAUUUUGCAAAACAGAGGUUACUUGGUUGCUAUGACUGGUGACGGUGUCAACGACGCCCCAUCUUUGAAGAAGGCUGACACUGGUAUUGCCGUCGAGGGUGCCACUGACGCCGCCAGAUCCGCUGCUGACAUUGUUUUCCUUGCCCCAGGUUUGUCUGCUAUCAUUGAUGCCAUCAAGACUUCCAGACAAAUUUUCCACAGAAUGUAUGCCUACGUUGUCUACCGUAUCGCUUUGUCCUUGCACUUGGAGAUCUUCUUGGGUCUUUGGAUCGCUAUCUUGAACCAAUCCUUGAACAUUGACUUGGUUGUUUUCAUUGCCAUUUUCGCUGAUGUUGCUACCUUGGCCAUUGCUUACGACAAUGCUCCAUACGACCCAGAGCCAGUUAAGUGGAACCUUCCAAGAUUGUGGGGUAUGUCCAUUGUCUUGGGUGUCAUUUUGGCUGUUGGUACUUGGAUCACCUUGACCACUAUGUUCAUGUCCAAGGGUGGUAUCAUCCAGAACUUCGGUUCCAUUGACGGUAUCUUGUUCUUGGAGAUCUCCUUGACUGAGAACUGGUUGAUUUUCAUCACCAGAGCCAACGGUCCAUUCUGGUCCUCCUUGCCAUCUUGGCAAUUGUCUGGUGCCGUCUUGAUUGUCGACAUCAUCGCCACCUGUUUCACUUUGUUCGGCUGGUGGUCCCAAAACUGGACUGACAUUGUCUCUGUUGUCAGAACCUGGAUUCUUUCCUUCGGUGUCUUCUGUGUCAUGGGUGGUGCUUACUACUUGAUGUCCACCUCUGAGGCCUUUGACGACUUGUGCAAUGGCAGAAAGCAGAAGAAGCCUGAGCAAGACAGAAGAUCUGUCGAGGACUUCUUGGUCUCCAUGGCCAGAGUUUCCACCCAGCACGAGAAGUCUUCUUAG